AGUUCAAACAGCAUCAACUUUUUUAUUUACCAGGGAAGUACUUCUUGGUGCUGCAGCAGAGUUUUUGUGGCUUUAAACUUGUUGGUAAUAUUCGGUUCCAAAAUGACAGAAUCCAGCUUAAAGUUGAAUGCUGACUGGAAAGCAUUGCAAGAAGCCUAUUCUAAAAAUGGAUCAAAAAUGUGCAUGUCAGAUUUAUUCAAGGGUGAUGCAGGGCGUUUUGAGAAAUUCAGCCGAACAGUUCCAACGAAGGAUGGUGAUUUCUUGUUAGAUUUCUCCAAGAACAUUAUUGACGACGACAUCUUUAAUAAGCUCAUCAGCUUAGCCCGCUCAAGAGGUGUUGAGCAGGCAAGGGACAGAAUGUUCAGUGGCGAGAAGAUCAACUUCACUGAGAAUCGUGCCGUGCUGCACACGGCAUUGCGUAACCGAUCAAAUGCACCCAUCAUGGUGGAUAACAAGGACGUCAUGCCUGAUGUGAAUGCUGUACUUGCGAAAAUGAAAGGAUUUACUGAGUCGGUACGGAGUGGAGACUGGAAAGGUUUCACAGGGAAAGCUAUAACUGAUGUUGUCAACAUAGGCAUUGGCGGGUCAGAUUUGGGUCCACUGAUGGUGACCGAGGCCUUGAAGCCAUAUGGAGGACACCUGAAGGUACACUUUGUAUCCAACAUUGAUGGAACACACCUUGCCACUACUUUAAAGAAGCUAGACGCUGAGACUACACUUUUCAUUGUUGCCUCAAAGACAUUUACAACUUUGGAAACCAUAACAAAUGCAACCUCCGCUCGUGAUUGGCUGUUGACAUUUGCUCAAGACAAGUCUGCUGUUGCUAAGCACUUCAUUGCUCUAUCCACAAAUGCAGUCAAAGUUACAGAAUUUGGAAUUGAUGAAAACAACAUGUUCGGUUUUUGGGAUUGGGUUGGUGGUCGUUAUUCCCUGUGGUCGGCUAUUGGCAUGUCCAUUGCCCUCUAUAUUGGAAUGGACAACUUUGAAUCACUGCUAGAGGGUGCACAUUUCAUGGAUAAUCACUUCCGUAAGACACCACUUGAGAACAACAUUCCAGUAAUCCUUGGCAUGCUUGGAGUGUGGUAUCAUAACUUCUUCGGUGCAGAAACUCAUGCACUUUUACCCUAUGAUCAGUACUUGCAUCGGUUCGCUGCAUACUUUCAACAAGGAGACAUGGAAUCAAAUGGGAAGUAUGUGACAAAGGAUGGGAACCGUGCAGACUACACCACCGGUCCAAUAGUGUGGGGUGAACCAGGCACCAAUGGACAACAUGCAUUUUACCAGUUGAUCCACCAAGGAACACGUUUGAUUCCAGCUGAUUUCAUAGCACCCGUGGAGACUCACAACCCAAUCAGUGGAGGUGUACAUCAUGAAAUCUUGCUUGCUAACUUCUUAGCUCAGACAGAAGCACUGAUGAAGGGCAAGUCAAAGGAAGAAGCAUUAGCAGAACUAAAGGCUGCAAACAUGCCGGAGGACAAGAUCAACCACAUACUACCACACAAGGUAUUUGAGGGAAAUAGACCCACCAACUCCAUCAUGUUCCAGAAGUUGACCCCAUUCACACUUGGACUUCUCAUUGUUAUGUAUGAACAUAAGAUAUUCACACAGGGGGUUGUAUGGAAUAUCAACUCAUAUGACCAGUGGGGUGUUGAGCUUGGCAAGCAGCUGGCCAAGAUUAUCCAACCAGAGUUGAAAGGUUCUGACCCUGUGACUUCCCAUGAUGCUUCCACCAACAGUCUGAUCAACUUCAUCAAAUCUCACCGAAAAUGACUGCAGUCAUCACUAUAGCAACAAUACUAAUCCACCAACGAAAUUGAUUUAUUAUAGAUAUCAUUAUUCAAAAUUAUAACAGCAUUAUAUAUUCAUUAAUAAUAAGAGUUUUUGAUGUGAAUAAUUCUAUUGUUUAGUAGACAGUUUGAUUGAAUAUGACAACUAGAAAUAAUGAAUGAAUAAAUUUUUAAUAUCUGCUUUGGUGUAGCCAUAGAUGCUAUACACAUAUACAAAAUCUACGACAGGGGAAAGCAUAAAAUUGGUGGGUGGGCAACACACACAGGGUCUUUAAUAUAUUUUUGCUGGCCCAACUUUGCUCUUCUGUGAUUUAUUGUAUAGUCAGGGAGGUAUUUUAUACCUCCCUGGUAUAGUUUAAAAUUAAUAUUACUUAUUUUCCAUGUGCUUAAACCAUGGCAUUAUUUCCCAUUCUCCAUGCUUCAACAAAAUCUUAACUUGAAUUUUCGGAACCACUAAAUUUACUUCCACUUACUCAUGAUUUAUUCAUUUUCGCCAGUUCAAUUAUUUAUUAAAACAUCUAACUUCCAGUAAAACAUAUUCCAUAUUUGAUGUGCAAAACAAAGAAGCAAUAUACAGUUCCAUUAAAUGAUAACCAGAAUUGUUUGGUUUUUUUUGUAGUUGUUUAGGCAGAACUGAGUUUGAUAAAAUACUUGCUUUUUUUGGAGCAGGUUUUUGACAUAAAUUGUGGUGGUGAAUUUUGAUAGCCUUUAGUCUUUUUAUUUCGAUAGAAUUUAAUAUUUGUAUAUUUUUGCUAUAGUUAAAGUAGGUAUUAAAUUACAGCAGAAUAUGGACACGAAAAUUAUGACAACCACCGUAUUAUAAUGUUAGACUUAUAAUGUACAUAUUUACUUUCUGUGCCACUGAUGAUAAAUUCCAUUACGAUGCAUUGAUGUUUGAAACUAUCAGGUACACUGCUGGUGAGCAGGGUUGGGGAAUUGGGAGUGUGACCACCUUGUCUAGGGACACAAGCAAAGGGCUGAAUCCCCAAACGAAAUUCAUGUUUCAUGGGAGCAAUUAAUGCACCAAUUAAUUUAAUUUAACCAUAAGGCUGUGGUUCAAAGUACCUUUCAACUAAGCCCAGCCUUUUGGAUAUUGUUUCAAAGAUCUCCACAAGUGAUAUUGAACAUCCAUAUUUAGAGGUGUUGGUAUUUUUUUUAGCAAAAAAUAGAAGUGAAUUGCGCUUCUAUACAUUUAAUUUAAUUUGAACACCAAUUACAUGUUAAUCAGGCCAGAUGAUACUAAUGAAUUAUUGUUCUAGGAAGUAGUUAUCUUGGUCAAGGUCACAACACUUUAUGGGAGUGUUCCAAAUGUGGUAAUGUACUGUUUUUUAUUCAAACCCUAAUAAAUAUAUUAUGAAUCUA